CAGCUUGGUGGUUCGAUUGGCUGUGAGUGACCCAGAGAACGACUCCUGGAAACAGUUGACAAUGCAGCCACUGGAAACAGUCACCUUUGGGGACGUGGUGCUCGACUUCACCCAGGAAGAGUGGGCCCUGCUGGACACAUCCCAGAAAAAGCUGUUCAGAGAUGUGAUGCUGGAAAACAUCCACCACCUGGUCUCCGUAGGGUAUCAGAUCUCCAAAUCGGAUGUGAUUCUCCAGCUGGAGCAAGGGAAAGAGCUGUGGAGGGAAGGAGAAGGACGUCCCCAAGGCCGGGGUCCAGGUAGUGAAAGUCCCCUUAGACAACCAGAAAUGAUAUUCAUGCAACAAAUCACCAUGAGGAGCAUAUCCCCUACCACGUCAACGGUUUCUCACACCCAAGUGGACCCCGUUGACUCUACUGAUUUGAGUGAUGGAUGUACUGACAGGUCUCCUUCAAAUCAACAUUUAUCAAUUCACUUAAGAAGGAAACAUUACAUCAGCAAACAGUCUAGAACAUCUCUUAGCGAAGGGUCACUCGGUAAUGAACAGGAUCACACUCCCACCAGAGGAAAAUUACGUGAAUGUCCUCUGUGUGGGAAAGUCUUUAAUAAUUGCUUUAGCCUCAGACGACACGAGAUGACUCACACUGGAGAGAAACCAUAUAAAUGUCAUCUGUGUGGAAGUGGCUUUUUGCAAAGCUCCGACCUUAGAAAGCACAAUCGAACCCACACUGGAGAGAAGCCAUACCAAUGCCAGCUGUGCGGGAAAGCCUUCGGUCAAAGCUCCUACCUGAAACAGCAUGAGAAAACCCACUCAGGGGGAAAGCCAUACGAGUGCCGCGCGUGCGAGAAGACUUUCAAUCAGCUCUCCUACCUGAGAAAGCACGAGGGCGUUCACCGUGCGGAGAAGCGGUUCGCGUGUCCUCAGUGCGGCAAGGCCUUCGGCCAGAGCUCGGGCCUGAGCCAGCACAGGCGGACGCACACCGGGGAGCGGCCGCACGCCUGCCCGGUGUGCGGGAAGGCCUUCGGCCAGAGCUCCGGGCUGGCCCGGCACAGAAGGGCCCACACGGGCGAGAAGCCGUUCCAGUGCCCGCGCUGCGGCAGCGCCUUCAGCCAGCUGGCCAACCUGAGGCGGCACGAGCGGACCCACACCGGGGAGCGGCCGCACCGGUGCCCGCGCUGCGGGCGCUGCUUCCGCCACAGCUCGUCCCUCCGGCGGCACGCGGGGACCCAGCACCGGAGGGGCCGCCAGGGCGGCGCUCGGGAGACGGCGCGCCGGGAGGACAGCGCGUUGCGAAUGCGAGCGAGCGGGGAGGUAGCGCUGCGACACCCCGAAGGGCACGCCCGUUCAAGGCCCUGCCUGUGA